GUGGUACUCUGGACUCCUGGACGACGUCACGCUCGGAUCGGAGUGCUAAACCAGGACGUUCGUCUCUCGAGAGACGCGGAAGGCAGCGGGGAGCGCAGGGAGGCUGAGCUGGCGAGUCUCAGCGACGUCAUACAGAAGCGUCUGCACGCGUCUCAGAACCCACCUGACUGUCGUUCAGCGAGGAAGCUGCGCUGUGACCUUGACAAGCGGUGUGGCUUCGCCUGCCAGUUCCACCACGUCGUAUACUGCUUGCUCGUCGCCUAUGCCAACCAGCGCACCCUGGUGCUCGACUCGAGCAACUGGUCUUACAGCAAGCGCGGUUGGGAGUCCGUCCUGCUGCCCGUCAGCGAGCGAUGUACGGUGAAUGACGUCACCCAGCUCGUGCCGUGGGCCGACGCCGUCGGUCGCCUUGACGACGUAGACACUGUCGAUCUACCUAUGAUUGACGUCAUCGAACCGAGGCCGGACUAUCUGCCGGAAGCAGUUCCUGCCGACAUGGCGCGCAGGCUGGCGCGCACGCACAGCCACCCGAGCGCGUGGUGGGUUGGCCAGCUAGCCGACUACCUGUUCAAGCUGCAGCCUGAGCUGGCGACAGAGAUGCGCAAAGUAGAGGCUGAGCUCGACUUCGCAUCGCCCGUUGUCGGCGUACACGUGCGUAGGACGGACAAGGUCAUCAAGGAGGCACUUGCGUAUGACACCGAGACAUACGUGGAGGAGGUGCGACGCUACGACGCACGGCGGUUGCACACGCUGCCCACUGCCGACAAUGCUCCCAGCAAGAUUUACCUAGCGACGGAUGACCCAGAGGUGUUAAGUAGUGCCAAGAAGAAGUACGCGGAGUAUAGACUUCUUGCAACGAGCGAGGUGACGGCGUCGGCGGGCCUCGACAUGCGCUACACGGAUGCGUCGCUCAGAGGCGUCAUCCGCGACGUCUACUUCCUGUCGCGCACCGACUACCUCGUCUGCCACGAUGUCAUCUCACGUGUGCAGGCUGGCCUACGAACUGCUCAGUGCUAGGAACCAC